AUGGCCAUCAAAUCUCUCCGCAUCCGAGUCUCCAUCGACAGAGGCGGCACAUUCACUGACGUCCACGCCUCAAUCCCCGGCAGAGACGACAUCAUCCUCAAGCUCCUGUCCGUUGAUCCCGCCAACUACCAAGAUGCCCCAACAGAAGGCAUCCGGAGGAUCCUGGAGCUGGUGACGGGAGAGCAGCUGCCGCGAGGCCAGCCCCUCGAUCUCUUCCACUUUGAGUCCAUCCGCAUGGGGACGACCGUCGCCACAAACGCCCUUCUGGAGCGCAAAGGCGAAAAGGUUGCCCUCGUCACCACAAGGGGCUUCCGCGACCUUUUGGCCAUCGGAAACCAGUCGCGGCCGCAGAUUUUCGAUCUGUCGGUGUCACGACCAGAAGUUCUCUACGACCAUGUAGUCGAAGUAGAUGAGCGCGUCACCAUGGAGGACUACACAGAAGACCCAGACUCCGUCAAAACCACCCCCACAGCCCAAGAUGCACAGCUCGUCGCCGCAGUCACCGGCGAGACCAUUCGGAUCCUGCAAGAGCCUGAUCUCAGCGUGAUUCAAAAUCAGCUGGCAGAAGUAUGGAGCCAGGGUUUCCGCUCCAUCGCCGUGGUCUUCAUCCACUCAUAUGCCUACCCCAACCACGAGCUUCUCGUCGGCAAGCUCGCGUUGGAGAUGGGCUUUUCCGUCACAUUGUCAUCAGAGCUCCAGCCCAUGAUCAACGUGGUGCCGCGAGGAACGUCUGCCAUUGCAGACGCCUACCUCACUCCCAUCAUCAGAAAUUACAUCAGCUCAAUCGAGGCAAACUUCCGCGGCGGAUUCUCUUCUGCAGAUACCAGAAUCGAGUUUAUGCAGUCAGACGGAGGCCUAGCGGAUUACCGCAAAUUCAGCGGCCUCAAGGCAAUUCUUUCAGGUCCUGCGGGCGGCGUCGUUGGCUACGCCCAAACGUCGUGGGACGAGGAGGAGAAGCGACCAAUCAUUGGCUUCGAUAUGGGCGGCACAUCGACAGACGUGUCUCGGUAUGCAGGUGUCUAUGAUCACGUCUUCGAAACCACCACAGCCGGCAUCUCUAUUCAGUCCCCGCAGCUCGACAUUCACACAGUCGCCGCAGGAGGCGGCUCUAUCCUCUCCUGGAGAAACGGCCUCUUCAACGUGGGACCCGAGUCCGCAUCUGCUCAUCCCGGUCCGGCCUGUUACCGCAAAGGCGGCCCAUUGACCAUCACAGAUGCAAAUCUGUUCCUUGGCAGAAUCUUACCGGAAUACUUUCCCAAAGUGUUCGGCCCCAAAGAGAACGAGCCGUUGAAUCGCGAAACUGUCCAGCUCAAGUUUGCAGAGCUCACAAAUGAGAUCAACAAGGACAGAAAAGCCUCUGGACUCUCCCUGUUCUCAUCAGAAGAGGUGGCCCUCGGAUUCCUGAAAGUUGCCAACGAGGGCAUGGCGGGACCUAUUCGCGCUCUUACAGAGGCUCGUGGCUACGAUGCCGCUGACCACCAUCUUGCUUGCUUCGGCGGCGCAGGCGGACAACAUGCCUGCGCGGUGGCCAACGUCCUGGGCAUCUCUCGAAUCAUCAUGCACAAGUACUCUUCCAUCUUGUCCGCAUACGGCAUCUCGUUGGCAGACGUCGUUCACGAGACGCAGCGCCCAGCCGCGAUAGUCUAUAGCUCUAAUACAGAAAGCGAAAUCCGAUCUCAGCUCGAGGGCCUAGCCCGACAGGCAACGGAUGCGCUCGUGAGCCAGGGAUUUUCAGUGGAACAAAUCACGCACAAUUCUUACCUCAGCAUGAGAUACGCGGGCUCAAAUAGCUCCCUCAUGAUCCUCAAGGGCCAAGAUUGGGAUUUCAAGCGGGAGUUUGAAGAUGCUCACAAGCGCAGCUUUGGAUUCCACUUCCCCGAGAAGGAUAUCAUUGUGGAUGACAUCCGCAUCCGAGCUGUCGGCGGAACCGGCUCAAAGCACACCAAGUCUCCGUUUGCCCAGAUGAUCAAGAUUCAGAGCCUCCGUCUCCCUUCCCCCAGCGCGGAUGGAUCAAAUCCAGUGUAUUUCGAAGGCGUUGGACGUGUGGACACCCCUAUCUAUGAACUUCAAAAGCUUCCAGAGGGAUCGCGAAUUGCCGGUCCUGCACUCAUCAUUGACAACACUCAAACCAUUGUCGUUGCUCCCGGAACAACAGCCACGAUCCUGGACAGCUACGUCGUCAUUGACGGUGCGCUGAACACCAAGGGGUCCAAGACAAGCGGCGAACAGGAAGAGUUUAGUCCAAUCCAGCUCACAGUCUUUGGCCAUAGGUUCAUGGGCAUCGCGGAGCAGAUGGGCCGCACACUAAGGCGAACUGCCGUAUCAACCAACAUCAAGGAGCGUCUUGAUUUCUCAUGUGCCAUCUUCAGCCCUGACGGCGGCCUCGUCGCAAACGCACCGCACGUGCCCGUCCACCUGGGAUCCAUGCAGUUCGCGGUCCAAUACCAGCAUCGUCUUUGGGAAGGAAAGCUUCGUGAUGGAGAUGUGCUCAUGUCAAACCACCCCUCAUGUGGUGGCACGCAUCUCCCCGACAUUACAGUCAUCACACCCGUCUUUGAUGGAGACAAGCUUGCUUUCUAUGUUGCCUCUCGUGGCCACCAUGCUGAUAUCGGCGGUAUCCUCCCAGGCUCUAUGCCCCCUACCUCGUCAGCACUCUGGCAGGAAGGUGCUGCCAUUCAAUCUACCAAGCUUGUUAGCGAGGGCCGUUUCAACGAGGCAGAGGUUGUAAGACUGUUGCUGGAGGAGCCUGCCCAGUACGAAGGUUGCUCAGGCACCCGAAGACUGCAAGACAACAUCUCCGACCUCAAAGCCCAGAUCGCAGCCAACGCAAAGGGCAUCUCGCUGAUCAAAGGCCUUAUUGAAGAGAACGGCCUGGCUUCUGUACACAGAUACAUGUAUGCCAUCCAGCACACUGCAGAAGACGCCGUCCGCGCUCUGUUGAAGGAAACGCGCGCCAAGUAUGGCUCUCAGCCUCUUGUUGCGACUGAUUACAUGGAUGACGGAACGCCCAUCCAUCUGUCUAUCAACAUUUCCCCCGAUGGAUCUGCCGUCUUUGACUUCACGGGCACCGGCCCUCAGGUAUUGGGCAACACAAACGCCCCCAUGGCCAUUACGCAUUCUGCCAUCAUCUACUGCCUGCGCUGUCUCGUAUCAUCUUCCAUCCCCCUUAACCAAGGCUGCCUGUCACCCAUCAAGAUUGUCAUCCCGGAAGGCACCAUUCUGAAUCCCGGAGACGGCCUCGCCGUUGUUGGCGGCAAUGUGCUGACGUCCCAACGCGUUACCGAUGUCGUCCUCCGCGCAUUCAACGCCUGUGCUGCCAGUCAAGGCUGCUGCAAUAACCUCACAUUCGGCACCGGUGGAAAGGAUCCCAACACAGGGGAGCAUAAAGAGGGCUUUGGCUACUACGAAACCAUUGCUGGCGGAUCUGGCGCCGGGCCCGACUGGAUCGGACAGAGUGGUGUGCACACGCACAUGACAAACACGAGAAUCACCGACCCCGAGGUUUUCGAGAAGAGAUAUCCGUGUAUCUUGCGGCGCUUCGAGCUACGCAAAGGCUCGGGAGGAAAGGGACGCAACGGAGGCGGCGACGGAACCGUUAGGGAGAUUGAAUUCCGCGUUCCCGUGCAAUGCUCUAUCCUUAGCGAAAGAAGAUCGCGUCGUCCUUACGGUAUGGAGGGCGGCGGCGACGGCGAGGCUGGUCUAAACAGCAUCAAGGUUACCGAUGCGAAAACAGGGCUGAAGAGAGUCAUCAAUCUGGGGGCAAAGGCCACCACACGGCUGAACGCUGGAGAGAGCGUCGUGAUUGAGUCUCCUGGAGGAGGUGCUUGGGGACGAAUCGAGGCAUGA